CAGGCAGCACGCGGCGUGGGAGCCGCGGGGUCACGUGACGCUCCGGGCUCCAGCGCGCAGCUGAGCGGAGACUCGACGCUCUCGCGUCGGAGCGGGGAUCGGUCCGAGGCUGCUGCCGCAGGCGGACACCAUGAACUAUGUGGGGCAGUUGGCGGGCCAGGUGCUGGUGACGGUGAAGGAGCUGUACAAAGGGAUCAAUCAGGCCACCCUGUCGGGCUGCAUCGACGUGAUCGUCGUCCGGCAGCCUGACGGGACGUUCCAGUGCUCCCCGUUCCACGUUCGCUUCGGAAAACUCGGGGUGCUGCGCUCCAGGGAGAAAGUGAUCGACAUUGAGAUCAAUGGAGAACCUGUGGAGCUCCACAUGAAGCUUGGAGACAAUGGAGAGGCCUUUUUCGUUCAGGAGACGGAGCAGCUCGAUGAGAUCGUCCCGGCCCAUCUCGUGACCUCGCCCAUCCCCACAGAAGAGGCUCUGUUCAGGAGCAGGGAGCCCAGGAGCGGGCCGUCAGCAGGAGAGACCGGCCAGUCCCUCGGUCCCGAAGAGCAGACUCCCGGAAACCUCCACCUCUGCUCCAACCCUGCCGUCAAGAAGAAGAAGAGGCGCAGGAGGAAGCACAAGGCCGAGCAACGCAAGGACGAGCAGACGGCGGCUCCCGGCUGUGGGGAGCUGGAGCUGUGCGAGCUCAGUUCAGACGAAGAGCCCAACGCCCACAACGGACGAGCGUCCUCCCUGUCGGUAGUGAAGGACAGCAUGGACCACAGGCAGCAUUCCCCGCUCACCACACUGGAGUGGGACAGCUACCCUUUCUCCGAUGGAGACUGGUCACCCUGCCCCAUGGACGUGUCUGAACCCACGUCGCCAAAGAGCGACUCGGAGCUGAUGGUGAAGCCGGCUGAGAGCAUGCUCAGGGCCGAGGCCCACAUGCAGUGGACCUGGGGGGAGUUUCCAGAAUCCACCAGGGUCAGCAGAAAGGACAAGCCAGGGCUCAAGACACUGACCAUCACCCCCUCAGAGAGCACACACUUCAGGGUUAUUUUGAGCUCUGAAGCCAUGGAGGAAGACUCGAGAGGCGAGCAGACGGCAGACGCCGUCCUUAGCGUCGUAAAACCAGAACCACGGACAAUCAAACACGACCCGACCGAAGCCGAGCCGAAACCCCCAAACGUGCCGCCGGACGGCUUCGGCUCCGACUUGUGUCCCACUAGCUCCGACGCCGGCACAAAAAAUGCACGCAAGACCAGAUGGACCUCUUCACCGCCCAACCGCAGGGACAGCGGCCCCGCAGCGAGCGGCGCCCCGAGCGAGGCCGGAGACGCCGCAGCUGCUCGUCCCGACGCCAGAGGCUCCUCCAAGGCCGCCGACUCUUCAAACAAGAGGAGGGGUGUGAGGAAGAGGAGCCAGCAUCAGGGUCCUGAAGACAUUUAUCUGGAAGACCUGACUGCACUGGAGCCUGAUGUCGCUGCCCGUUACUUCCCCAAGAGUGAGGCUGAGCAGGUCCCUAAGCACUGGGUGGAGACGGGGCAUCGGUCCGGGUCGCAGUCGCCGCAGUCGGUCGGCAGCGCGGCGGCGGACAGCGGCACCGAGUGUCUGUCCGACUCCGCCGGCGACCUGCCCGACGUCACGCUCUCCCUGUGUGGAGGCGUGGGCGAGAACUCGGAGAUCUCCAAAGAAAAAUUCAUGGAGGCCAUCAUCACUUACAAUGAGUUUGCAGAGAAUCCAGCUCUUAUCGACAAUCCAAACCUGGUGGUUAGAAUUGCAAACCGGUAUUACAACUGGACGCUGGCGGCACCGUUGAUUCUCAGCAUGCAGGCUUUCCAGAAGAACUUACCGAAGGCGACAGAAGAGGCCUGGGUGAAGGAGAAAAUGCCCAAAAAGUCUGGACGAUGGUGGUUUUGGAGAAAAAGCAGCGUGAAGCAGUCAUCGCUGGAGACCAAGUUAGAGCGGCAGGAGUCUCUGACCAGCGAGAGCCCUGCCCUCCGCCGGGCCCCUGAAACACAGCAAAAGGCCGCAGAGUGGUCCAGUGACGACGAGACCAGAGAGCUGAACGCCGCCGCUCCUGCCCUGGUCCCGUCUGAGCGUGUGCAGAAAGAGGACCCGUGUCCGCCGCCGUGUCACUCCUACAAGAAGUCCCUCCGCCUGUCGUCUGAGCAGAUCGCCAGCCUGAAGCUGAGAGACGGUCCCAACGACGUCUCCUUCAGCAUCACCACUCAGUACCAGGGAACGUGCCGCUGCGAGGGCACCAUCUACCUGUGGAAUUGGGACGACAAGGUCAUCAUCUCCGACAUCGACGGCACCAUCACCAAGUCCGAUGUGUUUGGUCACAUCCUGCCUCAGCUGGGUAAAGACUGGACUCACCGGGGGAUCGCUAAGCUGUACCACUCAGUCCAUGAGAACGGCUACAAGUUCCUGUACUGCUCGGCCCGAGCCAUCGGCAUGGCCGACAUGACGCGCGGCUACCUGCACUGGGUGAACGACCGGGGGACGCUCCUGCCCCAGGGGCCGCUCAUGCUCUCUCCCAGCAGCCUUUUCUCCGCGUUCCACAGAGAGGUCAUAGAGAAGAAGCCCGAGAAGUUCAAGAUCGAGUGUCUCACAGACAUCAAGAACCUCUUCUUCCCAAACACAAAUCCUUUCUACGCCGCCUUUGGAAACAGGGAAAGUGACGUGUCUGCCUACAAGCAAGUGGGUGUGCCGGUGUGUCGGAUAUUCACAGUCAAUCCCCGAGGAGAGCUGAUCCUGGAACAAGCCAAAGGCAACAAAACAUCAUACAGCCGGCUGAGCGAGCUGGUGGAGCACGUUUUCCCUCUGCGGAGCACGCAGCACAGCGCCACGUUCAGCUGCCCCGAGUUCAGCUCCUUCUGCUUCUGGAGAGAGCCCAUCGCUCAGGUGUGUCUUCAGGAGCUGCUUUAGCGACAAUCACUUCCAAUCGCGUACUUGAAAGAAAUCAGCUUCACACAGCGAGUCUUCAGACACUGGUGUAAUACUGAGCCUCUUUGUUUCCUGGAUUAGCUUUUCUCUGCGGAGUAUUCUUUCUAUUUGAGUGUUGUAUGUCUUUAUUGAACUUGACCAUUUGCACAGUUUAUUUUGUUAAAAUAAAAGUAAGAUAAAAGUGUCCUAUGCACGUGUUUAAGUAGUGGAGUUCAACACGAGGCCGCUGCGCUCCUCUGUUGUCUCAUUCAGGACCAAUCAUCCAGCUACAUGCUGUAUAAAUGAGCUCUUUAAGGCCUUAUUUGUUUCUGGCACUUAUUCAACAUGUGUGUGAUAAUUUAAUAGCUAAAAUUCUGUUCUGAAUCUUAGGAAAAGAAAAAAAAGACUGAGAUAUAAGUACUGCUGCUAUUUAUUACAUAUUUUUUCAGGAUAGAGAUUUAACGAGAACCACUAUUUUUGAUGAUUUUUUUGAGUCGUUGCUGUUGUGAGAACAGCAGGAUGUUAACUGUGGAGCCUUUUUGGUUUUUUUUUUUUUUUUUUACUCUCUCAGUAGCGGCGGUCAGCACACUUCCUUACUGCAUCCUUUCUAUGAAAGUCAGACUUUGUGUGAGGAGAACACACAGUAUUUUGCGAGUUUUGCGAACCUUUCCUGCUGCUUCAGGUCUUUCCUUCAAACUGUUGUGAUCCACUUUAAAGACGCAACGAUAUAAGCACAAAGGAUUGCUUUUUCAGACAGUUUUGAUGAAUACUUAAGCUGUAGAUCCACUGUAUAUAUACAGUGCACAUUUGUGUCAUCAUGUAUGGGAAGCAUUGUAUUGAUAGAGUUGAAAAAAGAUGAAUGUUUCAAUAAAAAGAUCACGCA